UUUCUGAGCAUGCGCAGUGAGCCCGUGGCGCGGCCCGUCAGGCGCUGCGGUAGGCGCCCUGGGGGCUGGCAGGACCCUGGCCCCAAGAUGGCGGCGCCCAGCGCAGUGGCCGCUGCUACCUCUGGCGAGAGCGAUGGAGGGGGCAGCGGCUUUGAAUCGUGGCUAGACGGACGGUUGGAGGCGCUGGGAGUGGACCGAGCCGUUUACGGUGCCUACAUCCUGGGUGUCCUUCAGGAGGAGGAGGAAGAGGAGAAGCUGGACGCUCUGCAGGGUAUCCUCUCUGCUUUCCUGGAAGAAGAUUCCCUUCUUAACAUCUGCAAGGAGAUUGUGGAACGAUGGUCGGAAACUCAGAAUGUUGUCACCAAAGUGAAAAAAGAAGAUGAGGUCCAGGCCAUUGCCACCCUCAUUGAGAAGCAGGCGCAGAUUGUGGUGAAGCCCAGGAUGGUGUCAGAAGAGGAGAAGCAGAGGAAAGCUGCGCUCCUGGCGCAGUAUGCUGACGUGACAGACGAAGAGGAUGAAGCAGAUGAGAAGGACGAUUCAGGUGCCACCAUGAUGAGCACUGGUUCUGAGAAAUCUCUGUUUCGAAACACCAACGUGGAAGAUGUCCUCAAUGCCCGAAAACUGGAGCGAGACUCUCUUCGGGAUGAGUCCCAAAGGAAGAAGGAACAGGACAAGCUGCAGAGGGAGAGGGACAAGCUAGCUAAGCAGGAGCGCAAGGAAAAGGAAAAGAAAAGGACUCAAAGAGGAGAGCGAAAGCGAUAACCUUGGUCCACUCUAUUCUUUCUCCUCAUGAACUUGGUCAAAGGGAGAACUGGUUGUGCACUUGUGUAUUUAAGAGAAAUGAGAAAACAUUGCAAAAGUGGUUUCCCAAGGCAUUUCCCCUUUUGUUUACAUGGUCAAAAGGAAAAUCACAAACACUUCAAAUUACAAAAUGUGCCAUGUCUCUGUGGUGUGGGUAAACAGAUUAUUGUAGUUGAUGUCUGUACCAAAGAUCUGGAAUGGGGGCAACCUUUAUAUUUUAAUACUGAAGUCCUGUACUCCUUUUGGCCACUUUUAAAAGUCUUCCCUCACCUGGGAUAAAGAGCAGGAAUAUUCAGAAAGCUGACAGUUUUUGUCCUGAAGGAGCAGAAUCAUGACCACUCCUUCCCUGGGAUGAAAUGUAGGAGUGUCAAUUGCUUCAGAAGUAGUAUUCACCCCUAAAUGUAUUGUUUUAUGGCUGAAAUAGGAAGCUGAUGAAGAGCCCUACCUGAAUCCAGACUUUAUGUUACAUGGCAACAAACUGAAAAAUGAGAAGUUAUUUGGUGGAUGUUCUACUUUUGAGAUUUUUUAAAAGUUUCAGCCUAUGGUAGGAAACAAAGUGUCUUUUAAUAAGAGAUAGUUAUAUAUUUUUCCUCAUCUGGGCUGUGAUUUUAAGAAGGAUGUGUCAGUAUUGAGUGUAAGGAUAUCAUUGUUAGCUAGAUUCAUUUUUUAUAAUCAUGAAUCCUCUUGAGUGCUAGUAGAGAUUUUAAUCCUGAUCUGCCCUAAAACAUAUAAGGACCUGAUAAUUACAAGUUUAGAGAAACCCUUUUAUAGAAGAAACACUGGAAAUCUCUGCUAACACAAAGAUAUUUAAGAGUGUACAUAGUAGGUGCAACAAAUUUAUUGAAUGAGUGACUGAAUGGAAAAACUGCUUGGGAGAGUCAAAAGUGAGUAGGAACUCUCCUCCAUGUCUACUUUUGUCACAAGCCACAUUCGGUUGUAAAUAGGCCUUUCCCUACUUCAGGCAGUAGACUGUCAAGAAGCCUGAAGACAGCAAUUCCUCUGUCAAGACAGAAAGUAGAUAUUUUAUACCAGGAGUGGGCAAACAACUGCCAGCAACCAAAUUUUGCCCAGUCUGUUUUUGUAUGGUGCAAGCUAACAAUGGAUUUUACAUCUUUAAAGGGUUGGAAAAGAAAGAAUAUGUGACAGAGACCUUAUGUGACCUUUAAAGCCUAAAAUAUUUACUACCUGGCCCUUCGGAGAAAAUGUUUGCUGACCUCUGUUUUAUACCAUUAACUAGGAGAUUAACAAAUAUUUUUACCUUUCUGCGGAAGGUAAAACGCAUGGUUAAGGAAACGAUGUGUCACCUCUAUACACUCCUAUAACCGUGGCAUUGCAAAAUUUUUUUUAAAUAACCACCUUUUAAAAAAAUAAACUAUUUAAAUCACUGUC